UUUAAGCAUGAUUCUUUGGAUUAUGGUGAUUAUAGUUUAUGCAUAUCUAUAUUUAAAAUCUUUUUCUCAGGGCUUACUGCUAUGGAGAAGAAAUUGGCUGAGUACAAAUGUAAUACAAAUGAAGCAAUUCAACUGAAAUUAGUUCGUUUUCCUGAGGACCUGGAGGAUGAUAACACAGCAUUUAAUCCAGAGUACAGUCAUCAGGUGUUUGGAGAUGAUGAAGUUGCCUUUGGUUACCAGGGUUUGAAGAUCCUUUUGUACUACAUAGCUGGUAACCUGUCAACGCUCUUCCGCAUCAAGUACACAUCUAAAGUUAAUGAAAAGUUUGACUGUGUGGAGGCAGAUGAUGUGGAAAGUAAAAUUAGAGAAAUCAUUCCUCCUGGGUUUUGUACAAACACGGAUGACUUUGUGUCUUUGCUGGAAAAAGAGGUCAAUUUCAAGCCCUUUGGAACAUUGCUUCAUACAUACUCUGUUCAUAAUGUGGAAGCGGGUGAGGAUAUAACAUAUCAGAUAUACAAGGCUGACAUGACAUGUCCAGGCUUUCGAGACUAUCAUGAAAGGCUUCAGACGUUCUUGAUGUGGUUUAUUGAAACUGCUAGCUUUAUUGACGUGGAUGAUGAAAGAUGGAACUACUUUCUAGUAUUUGAGAAGUAUAAUAAGGAUGGAGCUACGCUCUUUGCGACCGUAGGCUACAUGACAGUCUAUAAUUACUAUGUGUAUCCAGACAAAACCCGGCCACGUGUAAGUCAGAUGCUAAUAUUGCCUCCAUUCCAAGGAGAAGGCCAUGGUGCUCAACUUCUUGAAACUGUUCACAGAUACUAUAUGUCUUCUCCUACAGUGCUUGAUAUAACAGCUGAAGAUCCAUCUGAAAACUAUGUGAAACUCAGGGACUUUGUACUUGUGAAGCUGUGCCAAAAUCUUCCUUGCUUUUCCCCAGAGAAAUUAAUGCAAGGGUUCCGUGAAGAAAUGGUGACAGAGGCUCAACAAAAACUGAAAAUAAAUAAGCAACACACAAGGCGAGUAUAUGAAAUUCUGCGAUUGCGUGCAACAGAUAUGGGUGACACAGAGCAAUCUAGAAGUUACAGGUUGGAUGUCAAAAGAAGACUGAUUGGUCCCUAUAAGAAAAAGCAGAGAGAGCUGGCUAAGAUGCGAAGAUGUCUGAGACCAGAGGAGUUGACAAACCAAUUGAACCAAAUAGACCUAAAUAUGCAGCAUGAACAGUUAGAGGAGAGCUUCCAACAGCUCGUUUCAGAUUACCGAAGGGUGCUAGAACGACUUGCUCAAGCAUGAGGAUUCUACCUUUCUGUACAGGAAAUUUGCAGAUUUCUAUACAUUCUUGUGAUGCAAAUCCACAAUCACUACUUAAUUGCAAAAUCUCAUGUGACGUUUUAAUCACAAUAAAGGUGACUUGUGUUUUUCUGUG